GCCCGGUUAGAAGAUCGAUUGAUUGGCUAUUGAUGGCUGUACCGCAAAAAUACACGCUCGAGUUUUUUCACGCUCGAAUUGGUUGACCUACGUUCGAGUUGGUUUGCAAAUCCAUAAAAGCACCAUGGCCGAUGUUCUCAGUAUUUUGAGGCAAUAUAAUAUUCAGAAGAAAGACAUCUUGGAGGAUGGAGAACAGGUGUCAUUUGGCGAAUUCUCAUGGCCCAAGGAUGUGAGAACAAACUACGUCAUUUGGGGAACUGGAAAGGAUGGAGUCAGUAAAGAAUACUACACACUUGAUGCGAUUCUUUUCCUCCUUAAGAAUGUGAAAGAUGCUCAUCCCAUCUAUGUCAGACAGGCAGCUGCUGACAAUAUCCCAGUUGUCAGGAGACCGGAUAGAAGACCCCUUUUGGCCUACUUGAAUGGCGAGACAAAUACAUCUGCAAGUAUUGAUAAGAGUGCUCCACUGGAAAUAGCCUCACAGAGACCAGUGACAAAGAGGGCAGCUGAAGAGGUAGAAAAAGAGGGCUUUAAAAAACCAAGGAAUGAAGCACAGAUGAAAAUAGAUAAGGCUCGUCUGAAGGCUCGUCUUGAAGCACAUACUGAAGGUAGCAGCACAGUCAAUACAAACCAAAUUAUCCCUCUGUCAGACGGGUUGUCUGUUGAGAAAAUUGCAGCCAUUCGUGCUAAGCUCCGAGCAAAGAAAAGGACUAAGAUUGCCACUGUGAAGGUAGACGAAGAUGAUGAUGUUCAACGCGGUAGCUUCAUCGACGCCGAAGUUGACGUCACACGGGAUAUUAUGAGCAGGGAGAGAUUAUGGCGCACAAGGGCAUCCAUCUUACAAAGUACAGGCAAAGAUUUUGACAAAAACGUUUUCGCAAUUCUACAAUCAGUAAAAGCCCAGGAGGAGGGCAAACAGAAUGGUAGUGCACCAGGCUUACACAGCAGAUCACAAGCCCAUGCAAGAACACCAGCCAAACCUAGUGAAACAGAUACAAGACGCAAACCAAGCCAACCAGCACACUACCAGUACAACAGAUAUGAUCAGGAGAAAUUCACAAGGAAAGAAGGAACCGAGGAAUUCAAGAUCGACACAACAGGAACAUACCACGGCAUGCCUUUGAAAUCUGUGACGGAGGGAGCAAGUGCGAGGAAGGCCGUCACGCCAGCCCCAGCCCCCCAGCCAACCCCUAUCCCACGUCCACAAAUCGUUGCACCGCAAUCCAAGCAACCUACCAAAAGGACCUCCAGAACACCUAUUAUCAUUAUUCCAGGCUCAACAACAUCACUUAUCUCACUGUAUAAUGCAAAAGAUUUAUUACAGGAACUCAAAUUUUUAACAACAGCUGAAAAGAAAGCACAAGGAGCUCGCAGAGACAAUGAGGUUCUGUUGCAGAGGAGAAAAGAAGUAAAUCAGGCCGGUCACAUACAGUCCAUUACAGUACCCUACAGAGUCAUCGACACACCGAACAAGCUCAUGCCCCAAGACUGGGACCGUGUGGUUGCUGUAUUUGUCCAGGGGCCUGCAUGGCAGUUCAAAGGUUGGCCAUGGCUGUUGGCUGAUGGUUCACCAGUAGACAUAUUUGCCAAAAUUAGAGCUUUUCAUCUUAAGUAUGAUGACAUGACGUUAGACAAUAACGUCACAAAGUGGGAUGUACAAGUUUUAAAUAUUAGUCGCAGCAAGCGCCAUUUGGAUCGAGCAACGCUGCUGAAAUUUUGGCAGAGUUUGGACAAAUACAUGGUGAAACACAAGUCAAACCUCAGAUUUUAGAUAUCCUGCACUUUUCUCCUGGAAAUUACCAAAUAUAACUGCCUGCUCUGGGACAGAAAGAGACUAGAUUACAGGUCAUUUAAAUGAUGCCCUGGUAAAAAAUAUGAUUUCAAUUAUAUGGUGUAAAUUCGGAUCUAUAGAUUAGCAUUCUAUCAUCCAUCAUCGUAAAGCUUCUCAGCUUGGAGAUAUUUCCACAGAUGUGUCUUGAAAUCAUUAUGAAAACAUUGCACUAUUUUGUUGGUAUGGAGAAAGUUUAGUGUUUUGAAAAUGUUCAGACUGGUUUUCUUAUAACAGCAAUUCCAGGUAUUAAAUCAUUAGUACUGUACUAUUAUAGUUACCGACAAUAAAGAAAGUAAGUCACAUUAGUGUGCGGUUCCAUAUAUAGAAAGUGACAGCUAGCAAAGGCUGAUUAUGUAGAGUGACAUAAAGCCAAUUAUACUAUAAUAAGAAUAGUGCACAUGCACUAUCAUAACAAACAUUAAUGAAAGAUAUAAAUCUUGUGUUUACACGAGGGAGCAGCCCUGGGAAAAUUAAUUUCACUAGCAUUGUGGGUAGGGCUAGGAGAAGGGUGUAUGGGGGGGAGGGGUGUUUUUUAAUUAAUUUAUUAAAAAUGUGUUUUUUUAUAACAUUCCCUUGAACUGUCCUAUUUGUCAUCAGAUUGGUUUGUUUUUUUUAUUUUUAGUUGCAUUGCGUAAAUAAUUUGGUAGCAUAAAAGUACAGUAUGUACAGUAUAGCUUCUGGAUUCAUAAUCUUACAAGCAUGCUACUGUACAGCCAAUAGGGAGCUUUUGGUUGCACUGACAACCGUAUUCAGAUAUAGGGCAUAAUGACAUUUAAUAUAGUUAUCUGCACAUGUGACUAUGUCCUCCAAGCCCUUGUUUGGGCCGAAUUUACAUUGUGCAGAGAAUACAGAUUGUCACGGAUGAGUGAGCUAGUUCUAUGGGCGCAUUGCGAUCGAAAGCUUCCUAAUGUACAGUGAACAGCAUGCUGUAUCAUUUUUGAAUUAAUUUAUUCCAUGAUAAAAUCAUGAUGUACUCAUAAUUUUGGUAGUAAUUUAAUUUUUCACUCAAGAUAUUACAAGUGUGAAUACUUUAGCGAGUUAGAAUGUUCGUUAAUACUAUUCAGUUCUCUGGAAUUGAUAAGCUUUGUCCAGAUUUUGUAAAAAUGCCAUCUGGAGAAAUAUAAGUACUGUACUGUAUUUUCUGUAUAGUUGUCAUAUUACUAGGUUUUGAAAGACUAAUGUUACUGACCUUUGGCACUGUGACAAGGAAGCAUGUGGGAGCCAUCAUUCCGAUUUUCUUUUUCUCAAUAAAUGAGGCCGUUGUUCAUGGUGGAAA